GAAGACCAGCAAAGCCAAGAAUCAACGCUGAAAACCGAGUACGUUCCUCCGUUAGCUAACCUUCCUGGAACGGAGCAUAGUCCGAUUCAGCGUCCAGUCAACCUGCUUGAUCAAAUACAUAAGUGGAACAUCAAAUUUAACCAGGGCAGGGAUCCUAUAGAGUUUAUAGAACGCAUAGAAGAACUAGCGCUAAUUUACGGAGUAGAAUUAAACCAUCUUAUAAAAACUAUGCCGGAACUCUUUCAGGAUAAGGCUCUCAUAUGGCUGAGGAACAAUAACGGACACUGGAUAAGCUGGAAAGAAUUCAAGAAAGAUUUCCUAAAUUUCUUUUUACCUCCAAGAUAUUUUGAAAAAUUAGAUGACGAAAUCAGAAAAAGGGUACAAAGACCCAAGGAAUUUUUCAAGGAGUACGUCUUGGCCAUCCAGAAGCUAAUGCAACACGCGGAAAUGACGGAAGAACAAAAGCUGGAACGUAUUUUUAGAAAUUCCCUAGCAGAAUACCAGUGGUACAUAAGACGCAAAGACUUUAACUCCUUGUCGGAAUUGAUUAAGCUAGCAGAUGACAUGGAAAGUAUUCCGAAUACCGUCCGACAUGAACCACCACGCCAUUACCAGAACUUCAAUCGAAAUGCAGAUUAUUCAAAACCCAACUCUCACCGAAUAGAAAGAAAUUAUUGGGCUACGGAAGAGCCGGCCCCAAAAAGAAAUUACAAAACUUCAUUUAAAUGCGAGGCAAACCGACUAACCGCCAGAAUGGUCAUUGAAGGACGACUAGUAACCGCUACAGUGGACACGGGGGCCACAAGUUGUUUUAUAAAAAAGGAGUUAGCCGAAGAAUUGAAGCAAAAUCCAGUGUAUAAUCGACACCAAACAAAUGUUAUUCUUGCAGAUGGGACCGCUGUUAAUAUUACCAAGUCAAUUACACUCCACGUAAUUUUUGGAAGCCAAAGUACAGAAAUGCCAUUCCUAACAAUGCCCAAAUUCCAAGAAGAUAUCAUCAUUGGUCUGGAAUUUUUCAAGCGAUUCCCCACUACGAUUUAUUGUGCCGGACUCAGCGUGACACUCUACGAACCGGAACGGCAAACGGAACAGUGUAUCAUGAUCAGCGAGGCUAACCCUACCCAGAAAGAGACAAUGACGGUAUUAGCCAAAAAGUAAUUUAAGAAAGAAAACAUAUAAAUAUAAUAACAAAUACGUGUUUAAGAUAAGUUCUGAAAUUGUUAUCUACAUCUCACAACACACUGCGAUUAUGGACGGAGAUAGUCCAAAGACAAAAAAAUUUAAGGAAGCGAUGAAAAAAUUCCGUACCCACUUUGAGAGGGCAGAGUCACAGCGACGUCGAACCAUUUUUAUUGAUGACGAUGAUAUUCCGAGUACCAGCCGCAAUGCACCGAGACGAUGUACAAAACAACGGGAUCGCCCUCCAUCCCUAAGAGGCGAAGAUCAUAUAUUCUUUAGAAUGGAAGAAACAGCCAAUAAUAUCGCAGACGUACGCCCGACAUUCCCAGAUACACAUGGCAAAAAUAAUGAAAAGCGCACAGAAAGGCAAGGUUCACCACGUCCGAAUGAUGCCACCGUACAUCCUGAGGUACCACGAACACCAAUAUACAUAUCAUGCAGUGAGUCAACUCAAGAUAGUACCGAUAUGUCCGAUAUAAACACACCCACUACUUCCAUAUAUUCCGAGUUGCCGAUCACGCCGGGAAAAAAUGUUGCCAAUUACUCCGACGAACAAUCCACGCUUCCACGACCACCGAUGGAGACGAGCGGCGAAUCAUCUGUUUCAGACAUAGAUGAAGAUGAGUGGCGUAACUUCUAUGGGUAUGAGGAUAAGAAUAUAGAGAAGAAGUCGCCGACAGCACCUCCUAGUCCAUCAUCCACCGAGUCCGAUGAAGAAAACUACAAAUGCCCAAGUCCAAAGCCUAGGAAAGGUUUGGGUUUCAUCGAGCAGAAAGAUCGUGAGUAUCGCUAUUUGGGGUUCAGAUGCUACGAACGAACUGUCACUGUAAAAUUGCUGGUUCCGGAUCAGGAUAAAACACCGAUACUAGCCAUCAACGGAGAAGAAAUUAGUAAGGCCUUAUCCGCAGAACCAAGUAUAUAUGAUCAAAUGCCCGAUUUGGAGCCCAUAAUUGACAGUUCAGAAACCAUAGCUGCCACCCAAGUAACAAGCGACAAUGACGAGGAAGCUUCAAGAUCGUAAGUAAACAGUUUCGUAACCGUUUCCGAAACCCCAGACCUGGAAUGGUGGACGCAGUGGCACGCAAUAGUUGGAGUAAAGACUCCAUCACCUAUUCGAAUUUCGAUUGAACCAGAAAUGGCGACAAAACGGAAUGUGAAUGUAACUGAAAGGCCCGUAGCCGAGAAUCCGAGAACGCCAUUUACAAACACGAAGGAUGAUGGAAUAGUGGGACAAGGUUUUUCGCAAACGUCAUACUCAUUGGCGAGUCCAUCUUCGUCACCCUCAAAAUCAUCAUCAUCCCCAUCAGCAACUUCAUCCUCGGCAUACUCAAAGUCAAUAGUAUCCUCAUCAUCAACUUCAUCAUAUAUACCAUGCCAACUACCAUUCAUAACUUCCAGUAACACAUUUACCAACCCGAGAGAACCAUCAUCCCCCACAGAAAUAUCAAAAGUCCCCUUAUGCGCCAACGUAGCACCAGCUAGCCACCACCCAAACUACCUAGAAGAAAUAUUCGUCCCGAAUGCGGAAGAGGGUAAAGAACGUCCAAGCCAAGGCACAACUUCCAUCACCGAAGGGAAGGAACAAAUUAGCAACAGUCAUGACACUUGGAGCCAAGUUCCACCGGAUAACUAUCCUAGUGACUUGCGGGACAUUAUUGUCAAAUUCCUGAGUAGGUCCAAAAGGGGCAAACGGGCGAGAAAAUUAAUCCGACUACGGGAUCAACAAUACCGAAUUACCGUCACGGCCAAUGGUGCAGUGAUGGUCUUCCACAAAAAUCUCUACGGAGGCUCCAAAAUUCACCCGAAUUCACGCUAGCUGAAAGGACGUAGAAAUUGAGGAGGCGAGAAUAUUAAAUUGAACAAUUCGAUGGGCUUCCGCCUGUUGAUAUGCAACAGGCUAGACGAAGCCACAUAAGAUUGAAAACAAAUCAGGGGAGAGAUGGGAGGCCUUGUAACGAGCCAAAAGUCGGAACCUUGUUUUUGGGCCACAAAAUUAAAUAAAAUAUUUGAAUUAUAAAUGUAUUAAUAUUUUAUUUGAAAUCAUGUUUUAUGUUAUGUGACACAAUAAUUGAAUUACUAGUUAUUUAAAGAAAAUAUAUGAAAUUUAUGGUAUUCGGUUUUGUUUUUGAAAUUAACGGUCAAACUGAUCCCCCUAGUGGUCAUAUGAUAGACUAACCCUGAACAACGACGAUGAGAUCCGUACGGCGUCAAAAUAUAAUCAGUCGACAUCGAGCCACUGAAACAGUAUAAAAGGAGGCGCAAUCGACACAAUCGGGACAGUCUUCUGUGGAUGGCUGUUGUGCUAAGUGGGGUUUUUAACGUUCCCUUGGCAGUAAAUUUAGUUAGUUUGUGUAGUCUAGAGAGUUAAGUGGGGUUUUUAACGUUCCCUUGGCUCUAAGGUUUUUGUGUGUGUGUCUCGGCUGUUGAGUGGAGUGGGGUUUUAACGUUCCUUCCCUCUCCAGACAUAUGUUGGUGUGGGCUUUAGAGUUGAGUGGGGUUUUAACGUUCCCUCGGCUCUAAGGUUUGUGUGAGUGUCUCGGCUGUUGAGUGCAGCGGGGUUUUAACGUUCCCUCCUCUCUCAGACCGCAGUGAGAGCAGUCGGUAGGGUUGAGUGGGGUUUUAAACGUUCCCUCGACCCGUGCUGUCAUUGGGCUGUCGCUGUGCCUAGCUGCUGCCAACCUUCGUGUGCUGCCAUCGGGCUGCCGUUAUUCUUCAUGUGCUGCCAUCGGGCUGCCGUUAUUCUUCGUGUGCUGUCAUCGGGCUGCCGCUGUGCCUAGCUGCUGCCAACCUUCGAGUGCUGUCAUCGGGCUACCGCUGUGCCUAGCUGCUGCCAACCUUCGAGUGCUGUCAUCGGGCUGCCGCUGUGCUUUGCUGCCGUCAUUCUG